AUGAACCCUAGCAGCUUAAUUCUACUUGCACUCAGCAUUGGCUACUCCAUUGCUGAGUCAAAUUUCUCUUUCAAACCCAGCAAGUUACCUCUCAAAAAACAUCGUGAUUCUUCUUCCCCGCAUGAACGAUUUCUUAAACGAGAUGGACCCUAUCAUCCGCUAGAAGCCGACGCUUACUUUUACUACACUACGUCUAUAUUGGUUGGAUCAGAAGAAGAAAAAGUUGAAGUAACAGUUGAUUUAGGAACCUCUGAUUUAUGGGUCGUCGAUUACAACACCGGUUUAUGUGAUAGAUCCUUUGACGAAACCUAUCUUAAACGUAGUCUGGAUACUUCUGAGGAAGAUUAUUCUGCUGGAGAUCUUGGCUCCUCAGUCGGUGUACGCAGCGCUAGAAAAUUCUUGCGCAAAAGGGACACCAAUCAAACUGAGGUUAAUGAAGCUAACUAUGGUGCUUGUCCAAAUUCGAUUACCUUCAAUCCAGAAAACUCGUCUUCUUUCCAGAGUAAUGAUACUGCUUUCAAUAUCAGCUACUUUGAUGGAACCAGUGCUAGUGGUUUUUGGGCUACUGAUACAAUUUACUUUGGUGACCUUGAGGUCAGCGAGCAAUUUUUUGGGCUGGCAAACUUAACAAUAAGUUAUGGAGGAGUCUUAGGUCUUGGCCCUUCCAACCUACAAACAACCAAUGCUAACCCCAACGGUGAGGAAUUCAUUUACAGCGGAGUCUUAGAUUCCAUGCGUGAUCAAGGGCUUAUCAACUCGGCUUCUUUCUCAAUCUAUCUCAAUCCAGAGAAUUUCAGAGAUGAAGAUAACUAUUCUAAUGAAGGAGCGAUUUUGUUCGGAGCAAUUGAUAAUGCGAAGAUUGACGGGUCAUUGAAGCUGUUACCAUACGUGACUUCAGGUGGACACUCUCAGAUUGAUGCUAAUUUCACUUACAUCACCUUGAAUAAUAUUGCCGUGGCUGACAAUGAUACAGCCCUGAUCGUUGAGACCAACCCCCAAUUGGCAAUGUUGAAUCCAAAGUUUAUAUACACCUAUUUUCCAAACGAAGUAUUGACCCGGCUGGUAAACUCUAUUGACAAUCUAGAAUAUGAUCCUGUUGAGGGGUUAUAUAGGAUAAGGAGAACAAACAUUAGGGAUAUUAACAAAAAAAUCAUAGAGUUUCAAUUUGGUGACGAGAUUGUGAUACAUUCUCCCUUAUCAAAUUAUCUGUCUGAUACAUGGGUUCCAAGCACAAACUACACCUAUUUGGAGAUUCAGGAUAGCAGAGAGGAUUUCUUUAUCCUUGGUAAUGCAUUUUUCAAGUCUGCGUAUUUGUUUUUUGACAAUGAUAACAGUGAAGUCGGUAUUGGCCAACUAAAGGUUACCGAUAAGGAGGACAUCGUUCCAGUUGGUGAAUUUUCUUUGGAUCAAGAUUCAGGGUACUCGUCAACCUGGUCAACGUUCUCCUAUGAAACUGGUUCAGCUCCCUUGGGUACGUCAACUUUCGAAACGAGUACAAAAACUAGUUCAGAUGGAGCUGCCCCGUCGGUGUCUCACAUUAACACUAGUUCCUACUUAUUUGCGUUUGUACUACUUUUCCUUUAG